UGUGUCGAUCGUAGACGCGAGUCGGUGAAUUGAUCUAAAAAAAAAGGGUAUUUGGAGUGCAAAGGUGGUGGUUUAGUAAAAUGGGCUUGCAUUGAGAACUAAAUGCACCCUGGCAGAAGAAAAAUUAACCUGGGAACAAGUGCUGACUGCGCGGAAUUGAUGGAUGAGGAUGAGUUUGACGAGGAAUUAGAGGACUCGUUGGGUUCUCCCCUCGGCUGCACGUCUGGCGAGGAAAGCGAGGGAGGAACGCACAUCUCGUCCCCUAGCAAGUCGUGCGUGACCCUUUUCACCCUUCUGAGGGAGAGGCUUCUUACCCCCGGAGAGGGGGCUAUGUCCAUUCAUUACCUGGGCCAAACAUUUGUUGGAGAUCUUUUGCCAAACGGUAAAAUUAGGUCGCAAGAAACAGACCUAGUCUUCAGCUCACCGAGCGCUUGGGCCAUCCACUGCAAGAAAAUCAUCAACCCUGACAAGAAGUCAGGCUGCGGUUGGGCAUCGGUGAAAUACAAAGGCCGAAAGCUGGACGCGUACAAGAACGCCUACUUCAAAAAGAAGCGGCUCGACAUGAGCAAGGAAAAUGCUCAAUCCGAAGAGGAAGAAGUGGAAAAACAACCAGUUACAAUUUCAACCUGCUCAAGAGGUCCAAAAACGGUCGUCAAGCACAGUGUCCUCGGCUGCAGGACUGCAAACCAGGACACAAGGGUCCUGGUUGAAAGUGUUCCGUUUCCAUCUCUGGGCAAAAUCCAACCAUUUCUAGUUCAAAUGAGCACAAACGCCUGCAUGGUGAUGGAUUUCCACUGCCACCUCACCAACUCAGAAGUUGUCGGAUACUUAGCUGGCCACUGGGAUGUCAAUUCGCACACUUUGUCCAUAACAAAUGCGUUUCCAUGCCGAUGCCGCCUCGGAGACCGCGAAUUAGCUGCUCACGUUGAAGUGGACAUUUACAAGGCACUCGAACAAAGACGCUUAACCCUUGUAGGCUGGUAUCACAGCCACCCCAGAUCUCCUGCCGCACCGUCCAUCAAGGACAUCGAUGCACAACUGGAAUACGAGAUUAAAAUGAAGGGGCCCAGUGAUGCAACAUACACUCCCUGUGUCGGAGUCAUUUGCUCUCCAUACUACCAGCCUGAAAUUGAGUCUACAAGCAAACUUAAUCUUGAAUCGUCCAUCAUGUGCUACUGGGUUAUGCCUCCGCCUGAUAACAGACCCCUCGAGUAUGCUCGGCCUAUGCUGAUGAGCUAUUCAGUCGCACAAGAACAAUUUUUAUCUCAGGACGCGCUGAAUGAAAUGAAAAAAUGUGCCGAGUUCUACAAAGGAGAGCCAGAUGCAAUUAAAUUUGCGGACAAAGUAUUUGACGAAUCUGUCACCUAUUUGGACAAGCUGAAAGCAUCCUUGUCUCCGAAAUUUCCCAGAGACCAAAAUGAAGAACUUAUCUGGUCCUUUGUGCUUGAAUUGGUGUCUCUGGGUGAGAAGGAGAGUCCGGCAGUAGCUGAAAACGAGCCAACUGCAAGCACAUCCAAAGUUGAAAAUGGCCAUGCUUCUGAAAUGGAGAAAAUUGAAAACCAAGAACCUGAAAACUUGAAGAAAGAAGCUACUGCCCUUCCAUCCGAAGACGUCGCAAUGCGAGACGCAUCUCCACAGCCAUCCACAAGCAAAAAUAAUCACGAGAUGUCAAUGGAGAUCGACACAAGGCCAGAGGUAAAUCAACCAGAAGAAAAGAAGAAUUUAGUUGAAGAAAACCAGUCAAGAGAGGUUGAUACGAUAGAAAAAGUACAGAAUUUAAAUUGAAUGAAGUCUUUUGAAUUAUUUAUAGGUUUUCGAAACAAUUUUUUCAUAUACUGUAGAUUGACUAAAUGUCUUUGCUGUGCAAAUUUAGAAGAAAAAAUGCUCUUAUUUGAGCUGUAAAAAUACAUUAUUGAUCGAAAAAUAAGAAAACUGAAGAAAUAUGUUUUUGCAGUGCUGUUGCACUGUAAUUAUAGAGUGAUGUAUGUAUUUAAUGCAGUUCUUCUCAAUUUUUAAGUAGAUUGCAGGGUUUUAAUCGUAUUUUGUCAAUUUUUGGUAUAGCUGUUUUAAAGUUGUAGAAUUGAGACUAUUUUGUAUAAAUAAUUUUUGUAUGUUAUUCUGCUACGUUCACUUAAUUUUUGACUGAUUGAAAUUUAAUAAAUAAUAUAAUAUUAAAUGUGGCUAAAA